AGGGUAUGAAAAUAUAUGCCAAGCAAAAUGUUACCUUGAUAACAGCAUGUGUGUCCCAGAGUACUUAGCCCUGCUUGUGCAAAUGUGCUGUAUCUAAGAUCAGUGGGGAAUAACAGCAAAUGAGUGCAAAAAAAAAAAAAUAAUAAUAAUAAUAAUUAGACGGGCUUUGAGGGUGAGAAGCUAAGUGCUAAGUUGCUGUGAGCUUGUAAAGGAAGCGGUGAGUUCAGUCUGCGAGCAAGCUGACUUGGCCAGUGAGAACGAAGGUCGUAAUUCUGGAAGGAUAAUUAGUGUCUUCGCACGUUCGGUUUGGGUGGCUGGGGACACUGCCAGUGAUGUGCAAUGCACACAUGGGAGACAGCUAAAAGGAUUUUCUUUUCAUUCUGUAAGCAGCCGGUGGGGAUUAUCAAUCGGGAACAGCGGCCAGAUUUGCAUGUAAAUAAAUGACUGACACUGGCCAGUGACAAUUUGAACUGUCCAGCUGCAAUGACUUUGACUUGCUGACAUCAUUGCUUCAUUAGCAUGCAGGAGAUGAGAGCACUGCAACAGCAACGAUUCUGGCUCCGCUACCAAGCCGGCAAUUAUUCUCGAUGGGCUGCACAUUUUCCUUGUUAAUGUCUUGAGCCCGGAGAGCAAAUUGGCCGGACUCCUGCCACCUCUCGGGGUCAUGUAGCCAAGCUGGGGGUCCGCUGGAUUCAUCUGGAUUGCGGGGAAGGUGGAGGGGGGAGGAAAGGAGAUGAAAAACCACACGCGGCUGGAACGGUGAGCUGAGCUGCAGAGCUGCUCCAGACACAGGGCAGAAAUCUCUCUGCUGAUGGUUUCCACCGCAGAUUUUCUUCUGAGCAACACCGUUGUGUGCGUGUGCGUGUGCGUCUUCGAGAAGGCUUUGACAAAAAGCGUCCUGCUCCUUUCAAGAGAAGCACCUACCGGCGUCUGUCACAGUUUGGAGAAAACACAAGAUGCUUUAUAGCACUGCAGUGGCUUGGCUUUGCCUGGGAGCAGCCCACCAGAGGAAAGUAAACUGUACAAACUAACACAGCAGAAGAAUCUGCCGGAUUGCUGCUUUUUUCCAUGCUGGCAUCGGCGCCGGGAGGAAUAGGAAGAUCUGCCUCCACUGUAAGUGCCCGCAGGAAGAGCACGCUGUAACAGUUAUGCCUCUGGAGAUGGAGAAGACUGUGACGAAGCUCAUGUUUGACUUUCAGAGGAACUCGACUUCUGACGACGACUCCGGCUGUGCCUUGGAAGAGUACGCAUGGGUGCCUCCAGGGCUGAAACCAGAGCAGGUUCACCAGUACUACAGCUGCCUUCCCGAAGACAAGGUGCCCUACGUGAACAGUCCCGGAGAGAAGCUGCGCAUCAAGCAGCUCUUGCACCAGCUGCCGCCGCAUGACAAUGAGGUCCGAUAUUGCAACUCGCUGGAUGAGGAGGAGAAGAGGGAGCUCAAGCUCUUCAGCAAUCAGCGGAAGAGGGAAAAUUUAGGCAGAGGCAACGUUCGGCCCUUCCCCGUCACCAUGACGGGAGCCAUUUGCGAGCAGUGCGGCGGCCAGAUCAACGGCGGAGACAUCGCGGUGUUUGCAUCUCGAGCAGGGCACGGCGUGUGCUGGCACCCUCCUUGCUUCAUCUGCAGCGUUUGCAACGAGUUGCUGGUUGACCUGAUCUACUUCUACCAGGACGGGAAGAUCUACUGCGGCCGGCACCACGCUGAGUGCCUGAAGCCGCGGUGUGCGGCCUGCGACGAGAUCAUCUUUGCAGACGAGUGCACCGAGGCGGAGGGCAGACAUUGGCACAUGAAGCACUUUUGCUGUUUUGAAUGUGAAACCGUGCUGGGAGGCCAGAGGUACAUCAUGAAGGAAGGCCGCCCGUACUGCUGCAACUGCUUCGAGUCCUUGUACGCCGAGUACUGCGACACCUGUGCCCAGCACAUAGGCAUCGACCAGGGGCAGAUGACUUACGACGGCCAACACUGGCACGCAACGGAGACCUGCUUCUGCUGCGCUCAGUGCAAAAAAUCCCUGCUGGGCCGGCCGUUCCUCCCAAAGCAGGGGCAGAUAUUUUGCUCAAGGGCAUGCAGCGUGGGCGAGGAUCCCAACGGCUCGGAUUCGUCCGACUCGGCCUUCCAAAAUGCCCGAGCCAAGGAGUCCCGGCGUAGCGCCAAGAUCGGCAAGAACAAAGGGAAGGCGGAGGAGAACGUGCUGACCCAGUGCGGCCAGCUGCAGGUGACCUCCAACCGGCUCUCCGCCGACGUGGACCCCCUCUCGCUGCAGAUGGAUCUGCUGAGCCUGUCGAGCCAGACGCCCAGCCUCAACCGGGAGCACAUCUGGAGGAGCCGAGACGAGCUCUACCACUAUGGGAAUAAAAUGGAGCAGAGCCAGUCCCAGAGCCCCUUGCAGCUUCUCAGCCAGUGUAAUAUCAGGACUUCCUACAACCCAGGCCAGGUCCCAGGCAGCCAGCCCGAUUUGUGGGGGAAGCAUUUCAGCAACCCAAAGAGAAAUUCGUCGCUGGCUAUGAAAGGGCACAGUGGGAGCUUCAUCCAGGAGUGCCGCGAAGAUUACUACUCAGGAAGGCUGCGAUCCCAGGAGAGCUACAGCGACAUGUCCAACCAGAGCUUUAAUGAGACCAGAGGCAGCCUCAAAGUCCCAAAGUAUGACGAGGAGGAGGAGGGCGGGAUGCCGGCUCAGCAGUGCCGCACCCGGCACCCCAUCAAUGCACUUAAAUUCCCGGAGGGCCUCACGCCCACCAAGCAAACGCCGCGGGGCUCCAUGGAAUCCCUGUCCCUUUCCAAUGCAACAGGCCUCUCUGCAGAUGGUGGUGCCAAGCGCCAGGAGCAUCUCUCUCGCUUCUCAAUGCCUGACCUAAGCAAGGACUCUGGGAUGAAUGUCUCGGAGAAGCUCAGCAACAUGGGCACGCUCAACUCCUCAGUGCAGUUUCGAAGCGCCGAAUCCGUCCGCAGCCUCCUGUCCAUGCAGCAGUACCAAGACAUGGAGCCCAACCUGCACGGCCUCGCCAACCCCCUCGGCUACAGGGAGAGGCCGCCACAGGGCAGGUUGCACCAGAGCUUCGAGUACGACAGCAGGAUGUCGGGGAACCCCGUGCCCGGGCAGGACGGUGCGAGGCACCCCCCAAUGAGUGAGCACACACGUCGGCGGACUAAUCAGCGGGAUGACGACCGGCGCUGCCGCCCCCACAAGCCCCGGCGGUCCCGGCGGUCCCGCUCGGACAACGCCCUGCACCUGGCGAGUGAGCAGUGCUGCCGGUUGAAAGAGCGGCCGUCGCUGCGGGCCCGAGAGGACUAUGACCAAUUCGUGGCCCAGAGGAGCUGCAGAGAGGCCAUGGAGCAGGGCUCCCGCCGGGAUGUGUAUGGCCAGUGCCCAAGGACUGUGUCGGACCUUGCCCUACAGAACCACCUCGGAGAGCGCUGGGGGCCCUAUUUUGCCGAAUACGACUGGUGUUCCACCUGCUCCUCUUCCUCGGAGUCGGACAACGAAGGCUACUUCCUCGGGGAGCCGAUUCCCCAGCCCACUCGUCUCCGGUACGUCACCAGCGAGGGGCUCCUCCACAAGUACGGCUCGUACAGCAUGCCCAAGUCUUCCACGCUGGGCAGCAGGGGACAGUUGCACAGCCGGAAGAGGCAAAAGAGCAAAAACUGUAUCAUAUCCUAACAGCGUGGCGGCCUGGGAGCCUGCCGAGAAUGUAGAUUCACUCCCAAACUUGCACUGUCCUAGAUCUUAUAAGCGCUUUUUAUUGUAACAGAAAGGCCUGAAGACCGGGGAUUUAUAAGAAGGUUGUAGCCUGGCUUCUAUAAAUAGUCCUAUUCGUUGGCACAAGUGAAUAUAUUUUGCACAUUUUACUUUGGGGGAAAAAAAAAACAUUCACUUUAGUCUGUACUAGUUACCUAGUAUUUUCCCGCUCCCUCCUGAAUCCUGUCCCUUGCCUUUUAGUCCAUACAUUUUAAUUACCACUGUUUACUAUAAUCAGCAGUUUGCUACUAGCUUGUGCUUUCCUAAAUGCGCUCUUGUUUUCGUCACCCAUUUUGGUAAGUAAUUUGCCUCUCAGACCGGAUGGGAGACUAAGUUAUUUCCAUGAUUGUUGUAAAUGCAAUGUAUAUGAGAGUUUGGAGAAAAUAUUUUUGUAUUUUGUAAUAUCAGAGGAAUUUCUAUAUCUUAGGAGUCACUGGGAAACUGCAUGCACGUUCAGAACUGUGUUCGGCCCGAGCUAAACGAAUGGUACUUUCGAAUCCCUUUUCCUUUCUCCAGGAGGUUCAUUAAGUAUGUCAGUGAGAGUCUGGGUUUCUUUUUUUAAAGUCUUUUUGUUCCUGGUAAAUAUAAAGAACAAUUUCUGAUUCAGUCAAUCUUGAAAGGGCCUAGGUGGCAUUUUGCAGUCUGCACACACCCGUGAUAUUCAGGUCCUCUCUCUCUCUCUUUCUCUCUCUCUCUUUCUCUCUCUGUCAGAUACAGGAGUCUUUACAAUGGCCAGAGUGACUUUUGUCAAAUAGGAGAGAAUAAACUACCAAAUGUCUGCAAAGUUUAAACAACCAAAGUUGGAGAAGGAAUUUGACAUCUCUGUAGAGGAGUUGCUAAACUUUGAACUAUUCUUUGAAGUAAAUAAAAGUGUAAAUGGU